GGUCCUUCUGACAAGGCCACAGUAUUAAUUUACCCUGUCCUUAGCUAACGACAGCGCAGGGCUGACAACUCGUUAACAGCUAAGUGUUGUGUCAUUUGAAUAAUAAGAGUCUAUAAAUAGAAUAUUUCACUUGGAUGCGUUAAUGUUGGAAUUAAAGUUUAUUAAGUACAAACGAUUCGAUUUUGACGCAAAACAGAUUAGUUAAAAGCCAGUUAGCUAAUUAGCAAGACCUGGCUAACAGUUAGCAAGUUACAUACUGACUCACAGUUGUCUUGCUAUCUUGUCUGUACUGUUAGAAAUAACUCGGUGUGGUUGCUUGGUAGAAAAUAGGCUCACACCGGCAAGAUUUUAAAUGUUUUAAUAAAAUGGGUUAGAAAAUCACCGUUUCGCUGCAUGGAAACGAGGGUCUGUCCUAUUCAACUAGAUAACACAUUUUAGCUGGCCAAAAAGCUAUCAACACUUAGCUAACGCUAGCUAGCGAGAUCCCUUUCUCGUUAGUGAACCGACCGAGGUGUCAGCUUAAUUAGCUAGCAGUUCUGCUUGUAGCCCUGUACAUUGCGCUGACUAAUGUCGCAAGGUUAUACGUUAUACAUUUGUAUUCCUUAUUGGCUGACCAAAAUAGGUCAAGGGUAGGUUCAACAAGCUAACUGUUAGCUACCUGGACCUGGCACAUACUCCAAAGAACGUCUCCAUGGUGUUACGUAGACUCUUGAGGAAGCGUUGGGUUUUAGGGGUUGUUUUUGGAUUGUCCCUAAUCUACUUUCUCACCAGUACAUUAAAGCGGGAGGAGCGAACCAUUGGAGACCGGACCCUCUUGGAAUUGAGGGACUCCGACCACCACAUUCCAUGGAAGGUCCGAUUCAACCUGGGAAAUAGCAGCAGACAGAUAACACAAUGCAGGAAUUCUAUACAGGGCAAAGUCCUACUCACAGACGAAUUAGGUUAUGUAUGUGAGCGAAAGGACAUGCUGGUGAAUGGCUGCUGCAAUGUAAAUGCACCAAGUUCCCGCCAGUACAUCUGCAAAACCUGCCUGGCCAAUGGAUGCUGCAACAUCUAUGAAUACUGUGUGUCUUGUUGUCUUCAACCUGACAAGCAACCUCUUCUGGAGCGCUUCCUCAACCGGGCUGCAGAAGGAUUUCAGAACCUCUUUACUGCAGUGGAAGAUCAUUUUGAGCUUUGCCUUGCCAAGUGCAGGACUUCUUCCCAAAGCGUUCAGCAUGAAAACACAUACAGGAAUCCACAGGCAAAAUACUGCUAUGGAGAAAGUCCACCAGAGCUGUUACCGAUAUGACAGACGUUGCCUCUCUGCGUGAGGCUUUCAAAAAUCCAACGGAAUAAUGAAGUUCAGAGAUCCACACUGGCUAUAAACUUCAUACACCAGUAAAGACUUUUGACACUCUACAAGGCCUGUGCCUCUAGUGUCAGUCAUCCUGAGACUGGACCAAUCAUUGAACCACACCCUUCCAUCUGCAGUAGGCUGGUGGGGUGGGGUUGGGCUGGGGAAGUUGAAAAUCAUGUCUGAAAGUGUACACUUCAUAAGUGCAUAGGCUGCUGUCUUACCUCAUUGAAGAUGACCCUCAUGUUUCGUUUCUGCCCAUGUAGCAACUGGCCCUGGGAACUUGGCCCAAAUCGGGCCCAGAUAUGCUAGGUCUGGGCCCGAUUAGAGACAGAUGCAUCCCAGUCAGUGGCUACAUGGGUUGCAUUGUUAUGUUUCGUCCGUGUUUUUCACCUCAUUUCAGGAGUGAUGCUUUCUUUUCUGUCAUACUCAUGAAACCAUUAUCAACAAAUACGUUUGUUAUUGCCCUAUGGGAGAGUAUUGCAAACUACAAAAAGAAAGGCCAUAUGUAACACAUACAUUAACUACUACAAUAUUUCGUUUUUUUAUUUAAUAAAAGAACUGUGACUGAACCAUA